AUGGCCGCAGCCCAGCUCCCACCUCUCCAGUUCGAAGAAGGCGGCCUUCAAAUUGUCCUUCUACCGUCGCUUGACGACGGAGACGCUGGAUCUUUUGACGACCCCUUCGCCGACUACUUUAGCCGCGACGCCGAAAACACCAGCCCCGAAAAUAAGUCGCGAGACCAAGAUAGCGCCAAGCCAGAGCAGCGCAUCCAACAGUCUACGAGCCAACUACCCAUAGAGACCUUGCCGUCGACAGCCUACCAACCCAAGCCACCAACAACCCAACAACACUCUCGAGACACGGCGCAAGCCCAGCAAACAACUCAGCAGCCGACUUUUCAGCAACCAGAACAACAAUACCAACACCAACACGAUGCUGAGCAACAACUUGAGCCAGAAUCAACCAAUCACCACCGACAGGAUUCUCUCCAGUCUGUACGGGAGGUUGAGACCCAGAAUCACUGCCAGGAUUCGCCAACGACCGGAGACGACUCUGCGCCCGAGCACCCCAUACCAGCCUUCCAGGAUGCCUUUGCCGAAUCUCUUCGAGAAGCCACAGAGGGGACAGCUGCACAGAAACCUCGAUUGCAACAACUAGAUGCCAAAUCUCGUCGCGAGCGACUCCUUAGUCAAGGCAAGGAUGAAGACCCGUUUGAUAUCAAAUGGCGAUACAGACCAGGCCAGACACAGCACGAAGUCAUGAAACUGGUCGCCCAGAUAUCCUUUGGUGUCUACCUCAUGUUUAAUGGCAUGGCAAAUAGCAACACCCAGGUUAUUGGUAUUCUACAGGGCCAUAUUGACGAAAUCGAUGAGUUCCUGGAAGUCGCCCUCGAAGAUUUGAACCAGGCCGUCGACGAUUUGACCAAGCGCAUUCAGCAUCUCAAGCUCCCCAUGGAGAACAUCACUGUAUUCGAGCAGCUGCUUGAGGACCGAAAAUUUCGCGCCGAAAUUCUCGACGGAAACGAAAGGAUAGACGCCAUCCUCACACGAACCAACGUCGCCAUGCGACAGUGGGAUGAUGACAUCGAAGCCGGUCUUCGAGGUAGUACAGUCUUCGCUAGCUGGCUCAACGACCAAGUCGGCGGCGAUUGGCGCGCCGAACAGCCUGAUCUUGUCGAUGUGUACGACGCCAUGAAGGGCAACACCGAAGGGUGGCUAAAUGCUUUCGAAGAUAUGAAUGAUCGCGCCCAGGAUAUUAACGGCCUCAUCAUGACACUUAUGACCAUUAUCACUGAGAUGGAGACCAAGGCCGGCGAAGUGAGCCGAAGAACCUGGACUUCUGUAGCACCCUUUUCUACUCCCACGGGAACCGUUCAAUCCGCAUCCACUCGCAACACUGUCAAGGGUGCCUCUCCAUCCCCUCCACCAUCUCGCAACUCGCACGCCAAAUCGUCCAACCACUCGGUCAAUCAUAGCUACGUACCGAAUCACUUGUCACUGACGCCGAAUGAAUCAAACCAAGGAGACGAAGACGAAGACGAAGACGACGACGACACAUUCUUUCCUCUCCCAGGCGGGUUACCCUUGCUUCCACCAACGACGAGAAGUCACCGAGAGAAUAGCUCCAUCUCAUCAAAGCCGCGCUCAGAGCCGAUGACAGACUCGCCGACAAUCCAUCAGCUGGAAAUCUCAUCGGAGCGGACACGCAGCAACCCCCCAUCCGAGGAUACAUCGCUGUAUAUGCUCCAGCCACGCACCUAUACGCCGCAGCCUCCUGCCCCCGUUCCCUCUCCUAUGCUGAUAGCAUCACCAUCGUCGGCGGAACCCGCGCCUCUUCGCAAACGACCGUCUCUGCGCAAUCGUAUCAUGAAUCCACCGACUUCUAUUCAAAUCCCGCCAACAUCUACACCCGACUCUCCGCUCUAUGUGCCCUCGUCGCACUUCGGGACACCCCGAAGCACUAGCUCGAUGCACGACCUGCGAAACUCCGAAGGCGGCUACAACCGCCCGCCGCCGCGGCCUCGCAUGACCUCACCCUUGGAUACACCGACUUCUGAUCUACGCACCUUUACGCCAUCCCCAUUUUCUGAACAUCACUCCUUCCAUCCUGUUCGAGCUUCACCCCACUCGCCACUGCAGCAACGGCCGCACACCGCCACUGCGCCGCCGCGGCCUGGUACAAGUCAAACGACACACAAGCCUACACCGCUUGGUGCAAUGACGAGCGCGAACAACGUUCCCUUUACACGCCCGACAAUGGAUCGUGUUAAUACAACGAGCGGUAUGUCGCAGCACACGGAACGUCACCUCAAGAAGAAGAAAAGCGCUUUUGGCUGGAUCAAAAAGGCUUUUACCAUGGAUGAGGAUGAGCGCGCCGCAUUUGAGUCGCGCAAGGCGGGCAGCGCGCCGCAUCAACACUAUUACGAUCCCAAUACGCCUCGGUUCCUUGAUGGCAAGAGAAUACGCUAG